GCCCCACCAGUUCCUCGCCCCGUCCGGCGGCCCCACCAUCCCUCCCAUUUCCUGAUUUUCCGCACGCCUCGAUCAACGCCGACGCCGACGCCGCCGGCGAUGAGCGCGAAGCAGCUCUGCGACGCCCUGGCCGUCGCGGGGUUCGACGGCGGGGAACCGCUCGACCCGGAGAGCCUCGACUGGGCGUUCCUCCAGGGAGACGACUCCCGCCGCGUGCUCGCGUGGAUCGCCGCCCGCCUCCGCCCCGCCAACGUCCUCUCCGCCUCCGACCUCGAGCUGUAUGAGCAGCUUGAACUGGAAGGGAAGCUUCUGGAGGGGGAGGACCUGGAUUCCGCUUUCGACAGUAUUUCAGUCUUCUCGGAAAUUGGAGAGAACCAGGAAUACACAUUCCUGUCAGAAGAAAGUCUGGGAGACAUCCGUGACUCAAAACAUGCACUUAGAGCUGAAGUUUCUGAUUUGGAAAAGAAGCUCGCUUCAUUGGAAUGGCAGCUUGAUUUGCUGACAUCCCAAGCUACCACCAUCACCCAGCGAAACAAAUCCCGUGAAUCUGCUAAAACUAGGGCAACUGGACAACUUACAAGAUUAGAUGACAAACUUGCUAAGAGAAGUUUAGAGAUGAAUGCUGUGCUCGGAAAACUUGUUGCUACCAUCCAGGAGUUGUCCUACUAUCAUUCAGAAGCUGAUAUUGGAAUCUACCUGUCAUACUGUGAUUUCCAGUCUUAUGUAAUCAGUAACUUGGGUUGUACCAAAGAACUGAACAAAUGGUUCACUAAGAAGUUUGAGAAGGGACCUCUCCAUCUUGUUGCCAAAGAAGACGUGCCAAGGGGAGAUUCUGAAAAGCAUCAUCAUUUAGUAAAUGAACUGAACCGAAUUAAUUCAAUAUUUGCUAAAAGUAAGAGGCAGUACAUAGAAGCACUAGUAGAAUAUGCGAAGGAGGAGGCUAAACUCUCAAAGCUGAGAUCUCAGUUGGCAUCCCAACAGUCAUAUAUUCAUGAAGACAUCCAUUCUCUAAGGAGGAGAAACUCUGAACUUACCGAUGAGCUUAAGGAUCUCUCCCUUCAAGUUCAGGGAUGCCUAUCCGAGACUGUUGCAAUCUUGUGUGCUGACCUGGCUCGACUUGAGGGUGCAAAUAUUUUGCAAGGGGAUCAUAACUUGAAGGUUCACCGUCAAGAAUGCUAUAUAGGCCAGCAGAAAAGGUUCAUCAAUCAUUUGGUUAAUCAGCUUGCUGCGCAUCGGUUUCUGAAGAUAGCUUGCCAUCUUGAAAGACGGACAAAAAUUUCGGGCGCUUAUUCAUUGCUCAAAGCUAUAGAAAUGGAGUUGCAGAGCUACUUAUCAGCUGUCAAUGGCCGCCUGGACCGAUAUCAUUUACUUGGUCAACCUGCAUCUGACAUGAUUGAAGAAGGGUCUGUUGAUGACCGGGAUACUUUUCUCCAUGCCGUGAGGGAUAUUCUUAGUAGUCAGUCAGGUGCUCAGACAGUGACACCAACAUAUGUUUCAGCAUAUGCUUUGGUUGAACAGAUAUCAGAACUGGCGGACGAGCUGCACUGUUAUCAGCAUGAGCUUGAAAAUGUUCUUCCACGUGAACGAAGAAGAUUCAUCGAUGAACAAUGCAGGAUGAUUCAAAUACUUGAGCAGAUCCUAUCUGUACCUGUGACACAUAUGCUACCAAAAUUUACACCAUGGCCACUGGCGCAAGCGCUUGAAGAAUUAGAAAUGAUCAGCUACGAAGUCUCUGCUUCUGUUAAUGAAGUAACGAUGGCUCGAGAGGAAAAGGCCAAGAUGUUACAACAGCCUUCACGCAAUGUGCAGCAGGAAAGACGAGUAUUCACCGAUUUCUUCUGCCACCCAGGACGGCUGGAGAAUCAAGUCAGAGAGCUCAGUUCUCGUAUUAGAGCAAUCCCCGAAUAAUCUUGGGUAGGGUGGUCAAUAUGGCCAGUGCAAAGUCUUGCUUGGAUCCUCAAACUUAGUUGCCAUGUCUUUUCUUGCUUGGCCCUCUUUUUUUUCCAGGGUUUUGACAUACGAGAAGCAGAAUCGUACAUCCUCGGAAUUGCAACAACUGAAGAUUGUUGAGCUUAAUUUUUUGUUUGUUUCUAUUACAUCAACACAAAGUAUACCCAGUAUAGUGCUUUAAGGGGAAUAAAAUAACAGAGGGACCCAUUGUAUAUAAUCAUCAGUUUUCAGUGCCUAGUUCUUUUGAAUCUUUGUGAAGACUGAUUAUGCUAUAGAAGAAUUCAUUUUGCUA